AUGAUGCAUUCUGCAUGGCGCUUCCUUCUGCUCGGUGCGGCUCGCGUGGCUUCUGCCACAUGCACGGGCUCCAGCAUGAUGUGUGAUGGCGAGACCAGCAAGAGUCAGUGCGAGUUCUGGAGCGGCUGCACGUGGUCGGACUCCUCCUCCGGUGGCACGGGGUGCAAGGGCUCCUUGAGCGUUUGCGGCCGACAGACGACCGAGGCCUUCUGCCGAGUUUGGGCUGGAUGCACCUGGGAGGGGGGAAGCAGCGGAGGCAGCGGAAGCACUGUUACUGGAGGCACAGGAGGCAGCUUGAACUUCUGCUUCGCCAAGAUCGAUGGGGGCUACUGCUCUGGCAGCACCGCGCUCACCUGCACCGAUGGGCGCAUUACCGCCUCCUCCUACUGCAGCGGGGGCGACUGCGAAGCGGCCUUUCAGAAGUCGAGCUGUGGCUCGGCCACCUUCUGCUCGGGGAAGAUGGCGGGCAUCUACUGCGACGGCCAAUACGUGAAGGAGUGUACAUCUGGUAAUGCAGCGCCUACACUUCUGCAGGACUGCCGGACUGCCGGCUGCAGCGAGCAGCUGCAAAAGGCCAGCUGCGGCACUUUCAACUUCUGCAACACGAAGCUGAGCGGCAGCCACUGCGACGGCGACGUGGUGAAGUCCUGCCCCAGCGACGACGUGGUCGCGGUGUGCCGAGGUACCUCCUGCCAGGAGGGCCUCAACGUUGCCAGCUGUGGGGACGCGAAUUUCUGCCGCGCGAAGCAGGAUGGCCGGUUCUGCGACGCGGGCUACCUGAAGACAUGUGCCGACAACCUCCAAACAGACCUGCUAUAUUGCGGCGGCGUUUGCGAAGAUCGGUUCCAAAGUGGGGAGUGCGGCACCGCAAACUUUUGCGUGGCGAAGACGACCGGAGAUUAUUGCGAUGGCCAGAUCCUGAAGCGCUGCGAGAGCGGGGACGUGAAGACCAUGUACUACUGCGAGGGAGGCUGCAUGACGUGGUACACCGGGGCCGCCGGCUGCGGUACGCCGGACGGCUCCGGGCUCAGCUCCGGCGCGAGAUCCUCGUCGACGGCGCUGGCGGCGCUGCCUUUGCUGGGCCUCGCCAUGUGA